GCUGCAUCAGGUCUGCAUGUAGCACGUGACCACUCUGAAGGCUGUGUUGGGUCGUCAGCAGGCUUUCAAGUAUAGUGGCAACCUGAUGUUAUGUUUACAGCUACCAAGCUGCAAUCGUCGGUGAAAUGGAUCCAUUCACAGCGAUUGGGCUCGCGGGCAACAUCAUCAGUUUUUUAGAUUUCGGAUACAAGCUCAUUUCUGCCACCAAGGACAUUCAUGCAUCAGCUUCCGGUUCAAGCGUAUAUAAUGACGACUUAUCUCUAACAGUGCAACAACUUCAGCAACUUGUUGCAAAUCUAAAGUUGACCAAACCGCCAGGUUCUUUCUCCGAACAGGAACUAUCUCUUCUUCGAGUUUCUAGUGACUGCGAGCAUGUCUCAGUGGAGCUGGCGAGUUUACUUGAUAAACUAAAAGCCCAGAACUCAAAGUCUAUGCGAGGAGCCUUUCGAGCGGCAAUGAGAAACUGGCGCAACAAGGACGAGAAGGCUGAGUUGGUAUCAAAGCUAGAUCGUUGUAGACAGCAGCUGAACUUGGAGCUUACGAGCUUAUCCAGAUCCGAGUCAUUAGAACGACUUAAUAAGCUUAUCGACCACGGCCAGGCUAAUGAAUAUGAGUUGCGGUCACUCAUAAAGAACGUGGAAUCUCUACGGUCGGGUACUAAUGUUUCCUGUCUCGAUUCUAAAGCUCUAGGUCAGAUCCGAUCGUUACUUCAGUUAACUGACGAUGCUAUCUUAAACGUUCGUCGGGCUCGUGUUCUGGACGCUUUGCGGUUCGAACAUAUGAAUGAGAGAUUUGAGGAUAUUGAAGAGGCUUAUGAGAAGACAUUUGGCUGGAUUUUCGCCGACGAAGUAGAUGGAACUUGCGACAUCAGGCGUAGUCCAGACAGUGUAAAUGAAUAUGACGACGACCAGACGCAAACUUCUCAAUCGCUGAAUGAAGAUAGCGAGGCAAAAUCUACGGUGUCAGGUUCCGUCGCAUCGGGUCUUGUCUAUACUUCCGAUUCAUCUUCAACAACCGACAAUAGAAUCCUCCGUGGUAACUCGAAGCAUUUUUCCCAGCCUGUCAUGGAUGACAACUCAAGCUUUGAGUGGAUUUUAGAUGAUCUAUCGUCAAUCGAAAAUGAUAGGUCUUCACUUCUAUCAGACGGUGAAUCCACCCACUCGGAGUUUUCUCUACAACGGCAACAGCGGGAAACAUCUCUCGCUUUCUCGGACAUAGAUGUACCAAAUUCAGUAAGGGAGAACUUAAGUGAAGCUCGUGAUAGAUUUAUCAGUUGGCUCCAAUAUGAUUCUGGUAUCUUUUACAUCUCAGGCAAGCCAGGGUCAGGCAAAUCAACUUUGAUGAAAUAUAUAACACGACACCCGAAAACAAAAGACUACCUGGGUGCCUGGGCAGGGGAGAAGAGACUUAUUUUGGGGGAUUUCUUCUUCUGGAGGCCUGGUUCUUCUCUGCAAAAGAGUCUUAAAGGACUCACUCGGGGGCUAUUAUACCGCCUCCUCUCGGAAUGUCACGACUUGAUCCCCUUCGUGUUUCCUACACAGUGGGAAUCAUCGGUCAACAGAGAAAAUGUUCAUAUUGAAUACCAUGAAUGCCAUCAGGCCUUUGAGAGACUUAUCGCUGCUAGUAAAAGUCAUGGAGAAUAUAGAUUUGCCCUUUUUGUGGACGGCCUGGACGAAUUCGAAGGCAAUCAUGCGGCCCUUAUCCGACAACUACUUGCGUGGUCUAACGAGAACCCGAACGUGAAGAUUUGCGUAUCUAGCCGAGAAUGGGCUAUAUUUAGGGAUGCUUUUGGGGGUUGCCCUAAGUUUCGCCUACAUGACCUCACAAGUGCUGACAUCCAACUCUUCGUGGGAAGCCGGUUUCGCGAGAUGCGUGCCAGUGCCUUGGUAAAUAGCGACGGCUGUGGAGUUCCUCCUGGUAUCUCUAGUACGAAAGACUUAGAAGAAAUGAUUCUUGAUGAAUCUGAUGGCGUGUUCUUAUGGGUGGCAAUUGUCCUUCGACACGUUGAGGACGGUUUGGCAAAUGGUGAUCAGCUUAAAGAUCUGUUGAGACUGAUCAAGUCUCUUCCAACUGACCUCGAACCUAUGUUCCAACAACUCUUGGACUCAAUCCCCCGCAAUAACAGGAGGUUAGCAUACAGUAUGCUAUAUCUAGUUCAUUUUUGUCGCCCGCUCGAAUACAGCACGCCACUCAUGCAGUUUUCGUUCCUGGAAGAAUACACAGAAGACAGGGACUUUGCGUUAGAUUCCAGAGUUAGCCUACUGACGACGAAGGAGAGAGAUGAACGCUUAUUAAGAUCCAAGAGGCGAAUAUACGGCUUGUGCAAGGGACUUCUCGAACUACGCCCGAACGGUGACCCACAUAAUAUUUCACAGGCAUUAGGAAGUGCGGUUCGCCUUAUACAUCGAUCGAUCUCUGAAUUCUUAGAAAGCCAAGAAUUCAAGCAGAAAAUGGACCUUAACUUACCAGAUUUUGACCCGAUUGACGCCUACUGUCAUACGUAUCUUGGCCUCCUACAACGUGUUCGCCUUCCAGCAUCUUAUUAUGUAUCCAGAACGAGAUCUCCGUACUCAGAGUUUGAAAUUAUUCCAGAUUGUCCAUUUUCAUACAUAGAUAUAUUUGAUUAUUCUAUCGACCCGUCACUCAAACAGGGCCUGAAAUUAAUCAUUAUGCGACACAUUAUUUCUGGUCGACAAGCUUCCUCGCGCUUUCAUAAGCUCCUAGAUGCCAUUCACAAAACAGUCAUUGACUUGAAAAUGAAUUCUGAGGAUUAUGAAUGUGCACUUAUAGUGCGGUUGUCGGAUGUGGCUGUCCGUUGUCAUCCUAAGGACCUCGUUAUCAUAGCUUGCGCGCAGAUGGGUCUCUAUGAAUACUUCAUUUCAAACCAGAGCAUUAGCCCUGAGUUGAUGUCCUGCUGCGCAUCCGUUGCUUUACUCAGCCAUAUAUACGCCCAUGAUCCAAUUAUGAAGGCGCGGAACGCUGUCUUGAAAACUCUUGCAGCCCUCUUCAACCACGGAGCGUCCCCCGACUCCAACAUAAUCCCCGGCAGGGAAUCCGCAUUCCACAUGAUGCUCCAAGAGUGGUGCUACUUUCACAGUCCGAGUCUUACAAUCAUCGCGUUUAUGCUGUACCACGGCGCAAACCCGAGGUUUGCCCUUACCAUAGGCAAGACGAAGUACACAUUUCCGCGUGACGUGGAGCGCAUAAUUUUCAAGGCAUAUUUCACUUCAGAACAGUUCUUGACAGACACUGGACACGAGACGAAAACGAAAACGAUACGAGUACUAAGAAAGCGCGAGAGACACUACGCCAUCUAUGCAGCCCCCUACAUCGUCGACACUAUCAAGCAACAUGGCCACGUGCUCGACUUAAGAACGUUGGUCUCCCUCUGGUUUCCGCAAGAAAAUGCCGUCCUUCAGGAGGUCAUCGACUGGAUCCUAGCCCUUGGCGGCCCCGUCCAAGCGCACCAUCGCAAGCAGCUGCAGGACCGGUUCGACGCCACCCUGCGCCCUUUCUUCGACCCUGACCAUCCGAGUUCCGUCAAAUAUAAGCGCGAGGGCCUCGAUGGUUGCUUCCCAGGAUCCUCCGAGAAGCUCAAAUCCGCUAUCUUCUCUAUACCGACGGCAGAGUUCUCUAAGCUUAAGCGCUACGUGGAGGAGCCGAGGACGACGGGUGGUGAGGUGGGUACGUUGUCGACUGCGCGCUAGGUGCCUACUUACUAGUUAGGUAGUCUGCUUAGACAUCGAAUGGAACGAAGCUGUGGAUAUGGUCGAUAGAACCGGAGGUACGUGUCUAUAUUGAAGUGGUCAGUACGGGUAAGGGGACAAGGAAGGUAUUCAAGAUACAAGUGCAUUUACCAAGCGAUGCCUUUACAUUACCACGGGAUACCCCUGAGAUAGGAGGGCUAUUGAAAGAAACAUCAUGGAUAGACUAUUCACAUCGCACUCUCUAUAGCUCAUACAUGUAGCUCUAAAACGCAGAUCUUACUUUACACUACAAAA